UGACGGCCAUAGGACUCUUGGAUCAACCAAAAUGUUCAAGUUAUCGGUAAUUAUUUACAUUUUUUCCAUGAUAAUUAUUGUGAAGAUUGACGGAUAUUUCAUUUAUGAUGAUGGCGAUUUCUCGCACUUACUCGACGAUGUAGAUGACUAUUCACAGCAUCAGCUGGUGUUUGUCAGCCGCACUGAGUGGAAAGCUCUGGCAACUGAUAAACCACUUGAAAAAUUGGAUGUCAUUCCAGCUCCAUAUGUUAUGAUUUACCACACGGGAACUGAAACAUGUUUCUAUUUAGAGGCUUGUGCCGCGAUCCUCCGACGUAUGCAAGCCCAAUAUAUGGUGAGCUAUCCUGGGAACCGGGACAUUGGUUUCAAUUUUGUCAUCAGCGGUGACGGCAGAGUCUACGUCGGCCGCGGAUGGAACACCGUGGGCGCUCACACCCUUGGUCUCAACAGGAAGAGCAUCGGGAUCGCUUUAAUUGGAACAUUUUACGACAAAUCACCAUCUACUAAUCAAAUAUUUGCGUUGACAAAUCUUAUCAAAUUUGGCGUCCAUGACAAUCACAUUGAUGAAGAAUUUAAAUACUACUCCUAUCCCCGUAUAUCAAGUAUUUUUACAGCUGACAGACUGGCCAAUAUCACCCACAUAAUGGAGCCAUAAUUAUUAUUAUUAUUAAUCUAGUCAAGUCGAUGACGUUUAUAAAAAAAAUAUAACUUAGUACUUAAAUUUGAUGAUAAUUUUUCUCUGAAUGUUAAUUAAUGU